AUGGAUAACAUUCCAGAAGGUCCUGAACCUGAAUCCGGUGCCUCACCUGAAGCUAGCCCAGCAAAGAAAGGAAAAAUUAAAGGUAAAGGUAAAGGUAAAGGUAAAGGAUCACCCAAGGCUAAACGAAGUCCAAAAGCAUCACCAAAAGCAUCACCAAAAGCUUCUCCAAGAGCAUCUCCAAAAGCAUCUCCGAAAGCUUCACCAAAAGCUUCACCAAAAACAUCACCAAAAGCAGCGCGUAAAGGGACACCCAAACGAAAGCAAAAAUCUGCUGCCAAAAAAGAAGAUGAAUCCGAUCUGUCUAUGGCAAGCAUGGGUCACCCAGAAAUCUUCCCUUUGGUCCUUACUGAAAAAACCCAGGAAAUAUUUAACUGCCGGGCUGACAAAGAUGUCACAGCUGAAAAUCCUCAUAAACUUGUGAAAAAAGAGGACAUCAUUAAUGAUAUGAAGGCAAGAGCUGCCAUUUCUGACUUCCACCCAAUCAAAAAAAUUAUCUUGGAUUACCCUGGAGAAGAACUUCUGAUCAUAUUUGAUAGAGAGCUAAAAUAUGGACAGAGCUUUUAUCUUAUUGGAACGGAAGAGGCCAAGGAGAGUAUUUUGAAUCCUCCAGAGGAAGAGGAAGAUGAAGGAGAAGCUAAAGAGGGGGUCCAAGAAGAAUAUGUUUAUAAGCCUCCAGUGCGCAAACCUUGGAUUUCUUUGGGAAGUGAGAAGGAAAUUGAAGAAGAAUCAUUUAAGGAAUCAAGAAAAAUGAUUAAGUACAUGAUAUCUCGUCUACACAAAGAAUUUGGAGCUCGGAUUAAAUUCCAUAACAGAAAUGCAACAACUGAUAAACAAGGCUAUGUGGAGUGUACAUCUUAUCAAGACAAAAACUUCAGUAUUCGACAGCUUGAGAAACAUCUAGCUAUACAGGUAGUCCCAGAAGAAAGAGAGACAGGAACUCAGACAAAAUGGACCUACCCCCGAAAUGCAACCACGCAGUAUCAUCCUAGACUAUUUUCAGAUGAGGAAAGGGAUAAAUAUUUGUUGUCAGAAGAGCUGAAAAACUUUACCCUAGAUGUGGCUCUCAGAACCGAAGUAGCACUGCAACAAAACGAGAUCAUGAAUGCCUUUUAUGAUGACUGGAAAGCCCUUGCAGAAGACGAAACUGGCUUUGUGGGCAAGGCAGAUGUUUACCUGAAGGAAUUUCAGUCCUUUACAGAUCUCCAUUUUCUCAAGGAUAGAACUGUUAGUUGCAUCUGCUGGCAUCCAACUAUUUAUGGGAUCAUUGCAGUGGCAGUAACAGAACGCCUCAGUUAUGAAGACCGAGUGCAACAAUCUGGGAAAUUACUCUUGUGGAAAGCACCAAUUCUGUUUUGGAGUUUUACAGAUCCUAUUCACCCUCAGCUAAUGCUGGAAUGCCCUGAAGAUAUCUACUGCUUUGAGUUUUCUCCAAGUAAUCCCAACAUCAUUGCAGGAGGCUGUAUGAAUGGACAGAUUGUACUGUGGGACAUUACAGAAUACGAAGAGAGGUUGCAAAAUGCAAGGUCAGGCACAAGCAAAAGCACCACAAUUAAUAUGCCAAGUUUCAUGCUGGAGCAACAAGCUGCGAAGGAGCCACACAUGGUGCGAUAUUGUGCAGUCUCAUCUAUAGAAUAUGGCCAUAAAAUGGUAAUAACGGAUAUACACUGGCUGCCAGAUUUGUUUGAGCUCAAUAGAAUGGGCACUGUGUUCGAAAACAGAGCUGGAGUUUCUGUACAACUUGCAACCUGUUCACCUGACUGCAUUGUCUAUUUUUGGGAUCUUCGAGCACAUAGACCUACUGGCCAAUCUUCAACUGAGAAGAAAAAAGAUGAGAAGAUUCUUGCCCCUUUACCAGAUGUACCUCUUACGUUUAAACAUCUAGACCUUGUCUGGAGGCCUCUCCUUAAGGUAACCCUGGCCAAGACAGAUACGGGUGCAGAAUACAGCCCAACAAAAAUUAGCCUUAAAGAAGAGCAUUAUCACACUAAAAUUCAAGAUAAAACACAGCCACAGGUCAAACCAGAGACAACUACAGAAAAGGUUCCUUAUAGUGAGAUACAGCCCACAUCAAUGAAACCUCUUAAGCUAUUGGAAAAUAUUACCAGCAGCUUUUUCGUUGGGACUGAAGACGGUGAAAUUCUUUGUUCAGACUGGAAGAUGGAAAGAGAUGGAGAUUCAGGAAGACUGCUUAGCCAGAAGCCAAGCAACGUACAUAUCAUUCAUGAUGGACUUGUGCACACUGUACAGAGGUCCCCGUUUUUCAAAGACAUCAUUCUCACAGUCGGAGGCUGGAAUUUUGCAAUCUGGAAAGAAGGCGUUACGAGUGGGCCACUCCUUGAGUCAAGCUGCACAGCCAAGAGAUACACUGCUGGGCACUGGUCCUUAUCAAGACCAGGCGUCUUUUUCAUUGGAAGAGAGGAUGGAAACAUUGACAUUUGGGACCUCCUGGAGAAAACUCAUGAGCCAUCUCAGACCCAAAAUGUCUGCAUCACACUGAUUACUUACAUCAAGCCCUGGUUUUACUCUUCAAAGCAACACUUUCUAGCAGUAUCGGAUGACUUUGGUACUCUACAUAUUUUAGAAAUUUCAUGGACAUUAAGCCAUCCUUCCAGCAAUGAGCGUUCCAGUGUUCUUUAUUACUUUGAGAGAGAAGUCAACCACCUGAAGUUUCGUGAGCAGCGGAAAGAAUUCAGAGAGCAAGAAAGAGCGGCCCUGGAGCAUGAAAAAACAUUGAGGAAAAUGAGACCACCUGGUGGCCAACGAUCGAGAGAAUUAAUGGAAGAAAAAACCCAACAAGACUAUGUCGAUUAUUUGGAACUAGAAAAGUCUGUUCUUACACGACUUGGACAACUGAAGGGACCGGAUAAAUAUAGCCCAUCAAGAACUGGUUAAAUUUGUGACUAACUGUUCUUGUAUUCAGUCUUCCACAAUAUAUUUAGCAUUACUGUGAUCCAAAGACACGUGAAGGGAUAGUAAUUUGAAGUACUGGUUUAGGAAUCUACAGGGAGGCAAUACUCACUGCCCUUCCCCUUUGCUAGCCGUUUUUAGCUUGUUUCACAUUGGGCAUUGCCCAGAAUCCCAAAUAAAAGAGGGAGCUGUAUGUUGUUCUUCCUUACUUUGCAAUAGGUGUUAUAAAUGUACAAGUAGGCAAUCAUUAAUGUAUUAUUCAGUUGUG